ACUUGUUCGUACAGAGCGAAAGGACGAGAGAGAGAGAGUUCUAGAGAGAGAAAGGGGAGGGGAUCGACGAAGAAGCCUCACUGUCAAUCUGUCAUGCACUUUGGCACGACUCGUCGGACAAAGAAAAGAGUUGGAAAGUGGUUUUUCCAUUCUCAGAUUUAGGGUUUUCCACCCCCUCGCUCCUCCUCCUUUUCUGAAUCUCUACGCUGAUUCAGAAUCCACUCAUUCAUUCGACCCCUGUUUUUGCUUUUCCGUUUUCCCAAGAAAUCCCAAGGUUCUGUUUGGUGUGAAUCUGUUCUGACAUGGUGGAGCUUGCUAAACAACAUGAACAUAUAUGCUUAUAUGAGUCCUGGUUGAUUUCGCUGAGUUAUUGGUCGAACCCAAAAAAAGUAGUGGUUAAAUUGCCCAUAGAAAAAUGCAAUCUUGCUACUACCGUAUUGGGCGUCUGAACUUAUUGCUUGUUUUCUGAAUUGGGUUCAGCUCUGAAGAUCAAAGUUGUUGCUUUUAGGGCUAGGGUUUGGGUUUUGAUUUUCGUGUGACUGGAGGAUUUGUGUUUUUUUUAUAUUGGAUGGCGUCGUCGGAAAAUCACAUAGGUAGUGGCAUUGAGAAUUUGAUAUCUGCGAGAAAGUCAUUAAAGCUUAGCUUAGAGAAAUCAAAAGCCCUAGGGUCUGCCCUUGGCAAAGCCGGGCCUAGAUUUGAAGAGAUUAAUCAGAGAUUGCCUUCCUUAGAAGCAGCAGUCAGGCCCAUUAGGGCGCAAAGAGAAGCUCUCAGUGCCGUUGGCGGCCAUAUUAACCGAGCUGUAAGCCCUGCUUCGGCGGUUCUGAAGGUAUUCGAUGCUGUUCACGGCCUUGAGAAGUCUCUCUUGUCGGAUCCUCGGAAUGAUCUCCCGGGGUACCUCUCAGUUUUGAAAAGGCUUGAAGAGGCACUGAAAUUUUUGGGGGAUAAUUGUGGGUUAGCGAUUCAGUGGUUGGAGGAUAUAGUUGAGUACUUGGAGGACAAUUUGGUUGCCGAUGAUCGCUACAUUUCAACCUUAAAGAAGUCGUUGAAGGGUCUGCGGGAAUUGCAGAACGGUGAGGAGAGAGAUCGUCUUGAUGGUGGGCUUCUUGAGGCUGCAUUGGAUAAACUGGAAUCUGAGUUUAGGCGUCUCUUGACAGAAAACAGUGUUCCGCUGCCAAUGUCUUCAUCAUUGCCGGAUGACCAAGCUUGCAUUGCUCCAUCUCCUUUGCCAGUGACUGUUAUUCAGAAACUACAAGCUAUUCUUGGGAGAUUGAUUGCUAAUAACAGAUUUGAGAAGUGCAUAUCCAUAUAUGUUGAAGUUCGGAGUUCAAAUGUUAGGGCAAGUUUACAAGCACUGGAUUUGGAUUACCUUGAAAUAUCAAUCUCCGAAUUUAAUGAUGUGCAGAGCAUAGAAGGUUACAUAGCUCAGUGGGGCAAGCAUUUGGAGUUUGCGGUGAAGCACCUGUUUGAGGCAGAGUACAAGCUUUGUAAUGAUGUGUUUGAGAGGAUGGGAAUGGAUGUUUGGAUGGGUUGCUUUGCUCGUAUCACUGCCCAGGCUGGUAUUCUUGCAUUUCUACAAUUCGGAAAGACUGUUACAGAAAGUAAGAAAGAUCCCAUUAAGCUGUUAAAGCUAUUGGAUAUUUUCACAUCUUUGAACAAGCUGAGAUUGGAUUUUAAUCGGUUGUUUGGUGGGACAGCAUGUGUUGAAAUCCAAAAUUUGACUAGGGAUCUCAUCAAAAGGGUAAUCGAUGGGGCUUGUGAGAUUUUUUGGGAACUUUUGGUUCAAGUGGAGUUGCAAAGGCAAACCCCACCUCCUUCAGAUGGUAGUGUUCCAAGGUUAGUGAGUUUUAUAACUGAUUACUGUAAUAAGCUUCUUGGGGAUGAUUAUAAGCCUAUCCUGACCCAAGUUCUAGUCAUUCAUCGAAGCUGGAAGCAUGAAAAAUUUCAAGAGAGGCUACUUGUAGAUGCUGUCUUGAACAUAGUUAAAGCCAUUGAGUUGAAUUUGGAAACAUGGUCAAAGGGUUAUACGGAUGCCACUUUGUCCUACUUUUUUCUGAUGAACAACCACUGGCAUUUGUACAAGCACUUGAAGGGGACAAAGCUUGGGGAUCUCUUGGGGGAUUCUUGGUUAAGAGAACAUGAAGAGUUCAAGGACUAUUAUUCAGCAUACUUUUUCAGAGAGAGCUGGGGAAAGCUUCCAUCUCUUUUAAGUAGGGAAGGUCUAAUUAUGUUCUCUGGUGGUCGUGCAACUGCCCGUGAUCUUGUCAAGAAAAGGCUGAAAGCAUUCAAUGAAGCUUUUGAUGACAUUUAUAAGAAGCAGUCCAACUGGGUUUUAUCUGAUAAAGAUCUUAGGGAGAAAACAUGCCAGCCCAUAGUGCAGGCAAUUGUACCUGUUUACAGAAGCUACAUGCAGAAUUAUGGGCCCUUGGUAGAGCAAGAUGCAAGUUCCAGUAAAUAUGCAAGGUAUACGGUGCAGGCUUUGGAGAAGAUGCUUACCUCUCUUUUUCAGCCGAAGCCCACAAAAUCUGUAAGUUUUAGAGGCAGCAGGCAGCCUAGUGGGAAAUUUAAUAAUGGGGUAGCUGAACAGUAUCAUUCUUCUCCUACUGUUGUCUGAUUGUCUGGCCAUUAUCAAUACCCAGUUGUGGUUAAUCUGAAAGGAAACCAUGAGCUGAUAUCCUUCCUCCAUUUUUCAAGAUGGUUACCCUGUUCGCUCGUAUAUAGAUUGUCCAAGGGGCUAGUCAUGUCAACUUACUUAGAUUUCUUGGAUUCAGAGGAAAAGCAUCCUCUAGUCAUUGUUAUCCUAAUGCCUCUGAACGUUUAUUUAUGACAUCUGAUUUUGUAAGUUGCCUGAACAUGAUGGCUGACUGAAGGCUGCUGCUGAGAGCAUUGUGCAGUGCCAUGGGGUUGUAGAAGAGCACGAGACGAUAUGAUGAAAUGAAUAUGAGUCCAUUAUUUUAGGCUCUAGAGAAAGCAUCAGGUAUAAAGAUUCAUUUUUUUCCCUUUACAUUUUCCUUGAUUGAUUUAGUUGCUAGGUAGGCUGCUGUUAAAUCUGUUGUUAUGUGCUAGAUUUAUGUACAAUUUUUUGAUAUAAAGUGCAUCUAGAGCCCUAGCAACUGUGCUUUCUUAAGGGCUUACAACUGGUUAUAGGUGAUCUAGACAUUGAUGAGGUGUAUGAUAUUUGUGCUAUGGCUCUUAUUGCUAAGAAAAAUUAUAAUUGUAUUAGAGCCCAGAGUUUGUGAAAAACUGUCAAUAAUAAAUUUUCUACUCUUCUUUUAUAUUA